AUGUUACCGAGCGAAUCGAAACUCCACUACCUAUUCGAGCCCAACAACGGCGUCAAACCCGAAGAAAUCAACACGGACGUGUACGUGAUUCAAAUGUACCACAAGAUAGGAUUCUUCUUCGGCCUGACCUGCAUCGGAAAGAACUCCCGACCGACCGUCUGGAAUAUCAUUUCCAACGUUCUGUUUUCUCUGACGGCCAGUUUCGCGUCCGUCUUCUCGCUGUCGAAUCGAAUCGACAACGAAUGGCGAAUCUCCAGACCGUCCCUCAUCAUCCUGGAAUUCGUCGAGCUGGUGCUGGAGUGGCUGUGGAUGGUGCUGUGCUUCGUGGGCGCUUCGAGCAACAUCAAGCACUGGAACUCGUUGUUCCUCGACAUCGACGGCGUCGAUCGCAUUUUGAAGCACGACGGGGGCCUGUCGAAAGCGACCGCCCUCAAGCACAUCAUCCUGCUGGUGUUCUUCGUAAUCGUCUACUGUUUGCUGCACUAUUUCGAGAUCUUCAUGUGGGACUUGCAAUUCCGAAUGGAAGCCGGUUACGUCUUCUACAGGAUCAUCAUGCUGUAUCAGUUCUUCAUAGUUUUAUUCUCCAUCAACUUGACCCGCUUGUUACACGCGAGGUACGAGAUUGUUUUGGGGUCUUUGAGCGAGAUAAUAAGCGGCGAGUACGCUAUUAUACAGGCUAAUUACGGGAGUUGCAAGACUCUGGUGGAAAUGAAAGAGGCUAUGCUGAGAUUGCAUAACGUGAUUCAGAAGUAUAAUGUGAUUUUCGGUUGGUUGAUUUUUUUGAACACCAUUUCCGCUUUUUUGGCUUCGUUGGGGGAUAUUGAUUAUGUUUUGCUGUAUUAUGGUACCGGUGAUUCUUAUUUCAAUUAUGGUAUCAUCGCUGCUAAUUUAGUGUACGUGCUCGCUUAUUCGAUUUCAACGAUUUUAAUAGUGUUUUCCUGCGACAAAGUGAAUAAGACGGCGAGGAAAAUAGUGAUAUUGUGCUACUUAAAACCAGGUUUAUUAAAUAAAACUCCAAUACGGGAUGAUCUGGUCAGUUUCGUGCAGUUUGCAGAGAAAUUGUUGCCGAACUUUUCGGCCGCUGGAUUUUUCUACAUCAAUCAAACCAUUUUAUCUACCUUAUUUUCAGCUAUCAGUACUUAUUUAAUUAUUAUCAUUCAAUUUAAUUCGGCUUUAUGAGUGCACAGUAAUUAGAAUAAAUAGUUAUAUCAAUUCUUUUCAUUUCAACCACCUCUAACAUUUACAAAACUAAUUACAUUACUUAUUAAUUUAC